AAGGGAUACAUAAGAAAAUUCAUAGUUGUUGGAAAGAGCUUUUUAUAGAUAGGAUCAUAUGAUAGGACGGUCUUUUAGGGGUAAAAAAUAUUUUUAAAAUAAAUGAAAAUAAUCUUGACCUUACACGUGUAAACUCUGGAAGAAUCUACUCGUCUCUUCUUCUCCUAUACCUCAUCCCAAAGCUACGAAGACAACUCUUCCAAGUUCCAAACAAAUAUCACAAAAAGUAAUAAACUAAUAAAACAAAUUCUAUGUUUAUUUAAAAAAUUGUUCAUUUCCUUAAAAGAUUAUUCUCUCAAAUCCUUUCACUCUCAUCAUCAUCUUCUUCUUCUUCUUCUUCUUCUUCUUCAUAAGCCAUUAUAAAGCUCUGUUUUUUUACCCUGUCUAUAUAAACAGAGGAAGCCCUAAAUUUGGAUUCUCUAUUCAAAGUUUUCCCAUUUCGCUAAUUUUGGAGAAGAAAAAAAACGAUUUUUAUUUUUAAUCGUUUUUUGCAUUUCUGAUUCAUUUCUUUGGUUUAUGAUCUGUUCAAGUAAAGGAACAACCUUAAUCGCUAGCGGAAAAAAUUCAAAUUCAAUCCCAAGAUUACCCCUAACAGGGUCAUCCACAAAUCGGAUUCAAAUUCGAAACCCAAUCAGUGUCGAAAAAACAUUCCGACGAUCAUCGUCAUCGUCAUCAUCAAUGGCGGUGGAAACAAUGUCGAUGGGAUCAGAUUCAUCAACUUUGAUUCUAACAUCUGGAGCAAGCGGUCGCGUUAGGGUACUCUUCUCGAUGCGAGAGCUCAAGCGUCUCGUCACGUUUAUCCAGUCGUUGAUUCUCUUCCUCCUCCUUCCUUUUCGCGUCGUCGUUUGGCGGAGGAGGACUGGUGCGGUGGUCAUCAGAGACGAUAAACAGGAGAGAAAGGUUUGGUCUCCGCCGCAGAUCGUGGUGAGGAAGAGGAACAUCGGUGGCGAAAGCGGAUGCAGCGUUUCGCCUCCGUCGGUUCCGGCGGCGGUGGUAGAUGAGGAGGUUGCUGUUAGACGUGAGCUGGCGAUUAAGCGAGUAUUGGAAGAUGAAGGCGGCGAUGGAAGCUCCGUCAGAGAUUAUUCGCUUUUCACGACGAAGAGAGGGGAUACGUUGUUUACUCAGUCAUGGUCACCUCUUUCCCCAAAUCACAGGGGACUUAUUGUUCUGCUACAUGGAUUAAACGAGCAUAGUGGCAGGUAUAGUGAUUUUGCAAAGCAGCUUAAUGCUAAUGGGUUCAAGGUCUAUGGAAUUGACUGGAUCGGUCAUGGCGGAAGUGAUGGACUUCAUGCUUACAUUCCUUCCCUUGAUUACGCUGUAGCAGAUUUGAAAUCAUUUCUUGAAAAGGUAUUCACAGAGAAUCCAGGACUCCCCUGUUUCUGCUUUGGACACUCAACAGGUGGAGCAAUCAUCCUCAAGGCUAUGCUGGAUCCAAAGAUUGAAUCUCGAGUUUCAGGCAUUGUAUUGACUUCACCAGCUGUUGGAGUCCAACCAUCCCAUCCAAUCUUCGCAGUUCUUGCUCCAAUCAUGGCGUUCCUCCUGCCCAGGUACCAAAUCAGUGCAGCAAACAAGAAAGGAAUGCCGGUCUCUCGUGACCCAGCAGCUCUUAUCGCCAAAUACUCUGACCCGUUAGUCUUCACCGGAUCCAUCCGAGUUAAAACUGGCUACGAGAUCCUUAGAAUCACUGCUCACUUGCAACAGAACCUGAACAAAGUGAAAGUUCCUUUUCUUGUGAUGCACGGUACAGACGACACAGUAACCGAUCCUAACGCUUCAAAGAAGCUCUACGAGGUAGCUUCCUCGUCAGACAAAUCAAUCAAGCUCUACGACGGAUUGUUGCACGAUCUUCUCUUCGAACCCGAACGAGAAAUCAUCUCUGGAGCCAUAAUAGAUUGGCUAAACCAGCGGGUUUAGCUCGUUCAAACCAACAAUCACUAUCACUUCGAAUCAAGAAUCUCUUGAUUCAGACAAGAAUAAUUAUUUCGCGAAAUUUUCUGGGUAAUUGACUGAGAAACGUGAGGAAAAAAGAAGUUCUUGGUCGAUUUAGCAACCUCUUGGUUGAUUUUUCUCAACUCGGAAGUAGAAAGAAGAUAGAGAAAAAGAGCCUCCAAAUCUUGACUCUCUUGCUACUAUGCUUCUUGACGUCGGUAUAUUGUCAUAAAUCAAUAAUUUUUGUAACCUUGGAUUUUGUUAUCUUAUACCUGUAAUACCGAUUAUUAUUUAUAUCGAAUCUAUAAGUGAUUUGUCUAUUUCGAUA